AUGUUUAGAUUGGGAGGAUUUUUGAUAAUUUUUAUGGCUUUUUAUAUUAAAAUAUUAAUUUAUUUAAUACAUAUUUGAUUGCCCAAAGCUCAUGUGGAAGCUCCUGUUUAUGGAUCUAUAAUUUUAGCAGGGGUUUUAUUAAAAAUGGAUAGGUAUGGAUUAAUUCGAUUUUUAAAAGUAUUUAUUAAGAUAAGAUUAAAGUAUAAUUAUAUAAUUGUUAGGAUUGGGAUUGUAGGGGGCGUAUUAAUGAGUUUAGUUUGUAUGAUUCAAGUAGAUAUAAAAAGAUUGGUUGCUUAUUCUUCUGUAGUUCAUAUGAAUAUAAUAUUGUGUGGCAUAUUAACAUUAUUUAAGUUAGGAUUUUUAAGAGGGUAUAUUAUAAUGAUUUCUCAUAGAUUAUGUUCAUCGGGUUUAUUUUACAUGGUGAAUUUAUAUUAUGAGCGAACAUUUAGACGAUUAUUAUUUAUAAAUAAAGGAAUGAUAAGAAGAAUACCAAGAAUGAGGGCAUUGUGAUUUUUAUUAUGUGUAAUUAAUUUUUCAUUUCCUUUUUCUUUGGGAUUUUUUAGAGAAAUAUUAAUAU